CUUUUGGACCUCUGCAUCUUGGACAUCAACUCCCUGGACUACAGCUACUGCGUUCUCGCCGCCGCCGCAUUCUGCCACUUCUCCUCGUUCGACGUCGUUCAUAAAGUCUCAGGCCUGACGUGGGACUCCGUGGCUCCCUGUGUGCGAUGGAUGAGUCGCUUCAUGGACACGCUGCGGACUCAAACCAAACCUCAACUCAAGAACUUCCCCAAAGUGAAAUCUGACGCGCGGCACAACAUCCAGACACACGUGGCCUACCUGGACCUGCUGAGGAAAUCUCUGGAUCGCCCUGACAGCCCCGAGUGUCAGCUGUCGCCCGUCGCCGUGGGAACGGUGUUGACUCCUCCCAGCAGCACAGAGAAGCCGGCCAAUCACUGAGCAGCGCAGAGGAACUGGCCAAUCCGUGAACGGCACGCGACCAAGAGGACGCGCCCCUCCGUACAGUGUUCGACUCGUCAGUGAGACGGGAUUUUAAGAGACCUCAUGUAGCACGUUUUCAUUAUUUUAAACACUAAAUCUGGAUCUGAUUCCUGUCCGCCUGCUUUUUAAAUCAUUUGUUUUUAAACAGGAAUUAUUGGGCAACUUUUAAUUGACAGGUUAAUUAAUGUGAAUGUUUGCCUCCACCUGUUCCUGCCGUGAACAAGUGGAACGCUGUGCUUUGUUUUAAAUCUAACGUCAUGUUGGAGUGGAAACGUCGGGUAUUUAUCUGGUGCUUUUUCCGAAAUGGGGAAACUUGAAUAUGAGGAAUCGUCUACAUUUCAUUCUGCUCUGAACUACAGAGGUUAAAGU